AUGGAGGUCGCCGAGAACAGCAAUGGAAGGCAGAUCAGCGCGCAGGAAGAGGCCGACCUGAGCAGCGCUCUGAUUGCCAAGCUCCUAGCCGAAGACGGCGGCGGCCAGUACAUGGGGUACUACGAUGACUACGGCAACGCGGGGGCGUAUGGUGAUUUUGAUGAGGGCGUGACUGGUAGCGAGGCCGAUGAUGACUGGGACCCGAACAGCAAAAAGAGGAAGACACCCAAGGGUGCCAAAAAGACAAAGCCAGUGCUGGACUCCCCCAUGUCAUCGAGCGAGAGCGACGACGACGAAGCGCGGCGCCCCGCAAGCAAGCGCCAGCGCAAGCCCAGCAGCCAAGAAGCCCGCAGAGCCUGCGGGUACACGGAUGAGGAAGAGGCAAAGUUCUGCGAGGGCCUGGAGCUGUUUGGUCGCGACUGGUCGAAGAUCUCCGGGCACGUUGUCACCAGGGACCCAAAGUCCAUUCGCUCGCAUGCACAGAAGUAUCUGAUCAAGCUGUUCCGCGACAAGGUGCCACUGCCUGCCAAGGUGCUGGAGUCAGGAGAAGGGUACACGCUGUCAGGGCGACCGCUGGAUCCCAACAGUGCGGCUGCACGGCCGUACCUGCAGCGCGUCAUGGAGCUGGAUCCGGUCGUGCCAAAGCCGCCCAAAACACCAAAGACUGCCAAGCGGCCAGAGAAUGAUGAGUCCAAGGAGACCAAGGAGACCAAGGAACUGGCGGUCAAUGGUGGCGAGCAAGUGGCUACUAAUGCAUCCAAGGAAUCCACGGCUGCUGACGCUCCCGCUCAGGCGACUGCUAUUGCACGCCAGAACCACACGCGCACGACAACCUCCCUGCACUACCACGACCCACACCAAAUGGUACGCUGCACGCCAUUCCCGGGUGCACCCCUCUCCAGCACUCCCGGCUGCCAGCCCUUCAAGCUAAUCGUGCAUAGCAACGCGAAGCUGCAGAUGGACUUCCACGCACACUUGAUGAUGUCUGAGGUCAUUGGCCUACUGGGCGGGCAGUGGAACUCGCACGACAAGGUGCUGACGGUGGUGCGGGCGUUCCCGUGCAAGGCCAUGGAGUCUGAGGAUGCGCAUACGAAUGUCGAGAUGGAUCCCGGCGAGCAACUGGCUGUGACGCAGCAGAUCAACGGCAACGGGCUGAGGGUGGUUGGCUGGUACCACUCGCACCCCACGUUCCGACCCGACCCGUCGAUUAUCGAUAUUGAGAACCAGACGGCGAUGAUGGCGGCGAGGAUCCAGCCGUUCGUUGGCGCCAUUGUCGGUCCAUAUGACCCAGAGAUGCCCGGUCCGGUGUCAGCGUUCAACUGGUUCUAUGUCAGCCAUACGGCGCUGGACCGCGGCCUUCCGAAGCGCCUGGUGCUGGAGGUCGAGAACGACCAGCAGCUGCCAGAGGCCGACCAGCAGGCGCUGUGGACGCUGAUGCGCGAGUCGGGCGAGCUGCACCAUCGGGCUGUGCUGGAGGAGGCCUGGCGGCCACUCUCCUACCGAGAUGCGGUCGCUGAAGAUGGCGGUGUCGCUGUCGCACCACAUGCCGUGGUUGGCUGUCCCAGCUGA